CAGCCAUAGCAAGAAUCAUUGGCAAAAAUGUCCAGAAGUCUAACAGAUUUGAUCCUAUUGUUAAGAUGUGGGUAUUUGAAGAGAUCAUCAAUGGAAGAAAACUCUCAGAAAUAAUCAACCAGGAACAUGAAAAUGUUAAAUAUCUGCCUGGAUACAAGAUACCCAAAAAUGUGGUAGCUGUACCAGAUGUGGUCGAAGCAGCAAAUGGAGCAGAUAUUUUAGUGUUUGUUCUGCCACAUCAAUUUGUUGGACGAAUCUGUGAGCAGAUCGCAGGCCAGAUAAAACCUGGGACAUUUGGAAUUUCACUGAUCAAGGGGAUCGAUGAGGGUCCUGAUGGCCUGAAGCUCAUAUCUGACCUCAUUCGAGAGAAACUGAAAAUAGAAAUCAGUGUGCUUAUGGGGGCCAACAUAGCCAAAGAAGUGGCUGAUGAGAAGUUCUGUGAAACCACCAUUGGGUGCAAAAAUGAAAAACAAGGGGAGAUCUUUAAAGAAUUAAUGCAGACCCCCAAUUUCAGAAUUACCGUGGUGCUUGACUCUGAUACAGUGGAGAUUUGUGGAGCAUUAAAAAACAUCGUAGCAGUGGGAGCUGGGUUCUGCGAUGGGCUGGAUUUUGGCGAUAAUACAAAGGCAGCAGUUAUACGCUUGGGCCUUAUGGAAAUGGUGGCCUUUGCCAAGAUGUUCUGCAGGGGACCAGUCUCAAUAGCCACUUUUUUGGAAAGCUGUGGGGUUGCUGAUCUAAUCACCACCUGCUACGGGGGACGCAACAGGAAAGUAGCAGAGGCCUUUGCACGCACAGGAAAAUCCAUUGAGGAACUGGAAAACGAGAUGCUGAAUGGACAAAAGCUGCAAGGUCCUCAGACCUCAGCCGAAGUCCACAAGAUCCUGAAACAGAAAAAUAUGCUCGAUAAGUUUCCAUUAUUUACAACCAUCUACAAGAUCUGCUACGAGGGUCAAUCGAUCCAGGAUUUCAUCGCGUGCCUGCAGAACCACCCAGAGCACAUUUAGAGAUCCCCUUCCUCACCUGGUUACGUUCUCAUCUUCCCAGGACUUCAGUCCACUCCAUGGCAAAUAGAGAAACAGGUUGUGUGAUAGUGCUUGCUGUAAAAGCAACAAAGAAUGUAUUUCAGUACCCUCAUUCUGGGGGUAAAAAAACUGCCUUUAAUUUCAACAUUAUACCCAAGGAACAGGAAACGAAUGUAAAAUUUAACAAUCAUUGAUUUGAGUUAGUGAUGUGGACAUUUCCCUAGAACUACUUUCUAGCUGAUUGAAAACAGUUCCUCUUGUAAUUUAGCACGUGAACCUCAACAUUUUGCCUACUAACAUUUUUUACAGAACAGCACAAGAUGCAGAAAAACUGAAUUCAUCCAAACAGAAAAAUUAUAGUGAAAAAAGGAAAGUCUGACAGUAAGAAGAUGCAAUCACCAGGGCAAAUGUUGGGUUUCCAUAAUUUCCCUCAAACACAAAUAACUUUUAUGUAUUUUUUGAUAUUUAGUCCUUCCUUGAUUUUGUUUCUCAGUAUAAGCCUCUUCAGAAAAAUAGGUAUUGUUUCUGUGACACACAGGAGUGCUCAGCAGAUGUAUAAAUAAAACAGUUUCACGGGUAGAGGGAAGGAGAAGGAAGGGGGGGGGGUAGGUGGAUUAUUUGUUUCAAAUUCAGGACACUGGAAAUCCUCAGUAGUAGCAUGAUCUUUGUUAAACUUACUGUAUCCCACUGAAAUACUGAAAAAAAAAUUGGAACAACCAACUACAUUUAUGUUAACAUCGGGAUUUCUCAGCAAGUCAUAGUCAUUAAUUGGUACUAGCUGAGAGGGCAGAACUGGAGGCUGACAAGGAGGAUGUAUGCACAACUUGGCUUCAGCUUGCGCGAUGCUGUUAUUUUGAGGAUGUAACAAAAAAUGAAAAACCCUCUGUAAUAUUUGACUUUUUAUACAUGCAUGAAAAGGACCGCUGUAGACGCACAGAAAUCCUGUAAAAUUGCAUUUGAAACUGGGCUGCAUUUUAACUCCACUGGGAAACUCCACUGGACUGACACCAGUGUAGCUCCCCACGCCAUCUUUCCAGGCUGCAGACUAACACCUUGAUCCUGCUGUAGUUUAAGCAACACAUCUUACACUCCAGAAGAGAGAGAUCUCUGCCUACUUGUGAAUUUUAAACACAAACUGGUUCAUGUGCCAGGUUUUUUUUAUUUUGCUACCAAUGGCAUUUAUUUUCAAAACAUGAAAGUUUUUAAACCUUAUAGCUGUACUCGGGUAACUUUACAUACCUGAUGUUUUUCAGAGUUAAAGCCAACUAUGAAAUUAACAGUGGCACAUUUUAUAAGCUUUAAUACCCUUUUGAAAGACUCCUAUUUUGAGACAAGGCAAACAAAAAGGAAGAGUAACCUACUUUUGCAUUGCUUUAUCUGAUUUUCCAAAAUAGCAGAGGAAGACAAGUGGGGUUUUUUUAAUCUAUGUAUUUGCUGACAUAUUGCUUGGGGAAGGGGGGAAACUACAUUAUAAAACUGUCUCCACACUCUGUUUUAGAGGAAUGUGAUUGUCUUUCACAUUUAUCAGAGUAAUAUAUAUUAAAAAAUGUAAUUAUAAAUAUAUUGUAAAAAUCUCGGUCUCAGAGCUAGCAAAGCUGUCUUGGGUACCAGAAAGAGUGGCUUCAGCACCACUGGUCUCUGCUGAAGAGGGCUCCGCAGGGCAACGCCAACAUUCCUUUUGCUGAAAUGGGAAUCAUGGGGCCAAAUCCUUUACAGGAAAUGGGGAAAUAUGGCCCUCCAUUUCAAGUGGAAAAAGACUUAAAUAUUGCAUAAUUUUAAAGUAUGAAAUAUAUGAGGAUGGGAUAGAGAAUUCAGAAACCUCCUUACUUCACUGGCAGGCUGAACUCCUGAUAAGUCCUGUAUGAGCUAAUAACAACACAGAACGUUUUACAUUCAAAGUGUAUCAAUUAACAGUUUAAUAAAGUGAUCAAUAUGCAGA